GCAAGCUGUUUUCUAUGCGCUCUUUUGGCUCUUCGGGUGCAUCGCUGACGUCCUCUUCAGGGCCCGCACAGGACAGGACUCUCGGCUCGGCCCUGAAGGCCCGUGGCGGCAUCGUUCGAAGCAGCCCCAACGCUCCAAGCGAUAAGCCACUGCAAGGCACCAAUCGAGGCACCAAUGGUCUGCCUGUGAGGACUAUCACGCUCUACGAGGACGCCCAGAGCCUCGCCUCGGCCAGUGGAAAGCCAUGCAGAGACCCGGUGGGUACAGAAUGUACCGAAAUGCAUUCGAUGAAGCGCACUGCAACGGUGCUAGCGCUCUCUUUGCAGGUAGAAUGGCUUUCCAGCGAGCAGCAGGGCAAGCUGCCCUCCCGUCGGUCUAUCCGCUUCGACCCCUCCCGCCCCGCAUCAACCAAGCCCCCAACAACGUCUGAGCCCUCCCCCUCCCCACAGGCCAGUGGCAGCACCACCGGUACCACCACUAUGCUGUGCAAGCUGCGGAGAGGCCCGGACGUGUUUUGGAUACAGCACUCGACGCAGAUAGUCCACCUGCCAGAUGUGGACCCCGCACCCAACCUCGGCGGCCCAUCGCUGGUCGACCGGCGGCCGUCCCCCAGACCUGCGGCGGGUCGCCAGCAGGUUGACCGGAGAAGGGGAGGGACUCAGAGGCGGCCGCCUGGCGAGGGUGCGGGUAAAGUGGGGGUGGGUGUGCCUGCUCCCCCGUGUGCGCCUCACCCAUAUGAUGGCACGAUGCACUCUGCUGACGAGGGGUGCGUGCGGCCUGCACGAUGAGUGAGACAGACAGAGAGAUCCACACAUACUCACAUGGUCAGCCAGAUACACACUGGGUGCAGGAGGGUAUCGGGUGGAUGAGUCUGCCUCUGCCUGUCUCUCUCUGCGUGUGUGCGUGUGAGUGCAGGGGCGAGGGCGUUCUGUCUUUCAUCUCGCGGGUGUUCGGAGUUGUGCAUACCUCUGACAGCAACAGUGACGAUGACCAGGCUGCAUGAUGGGAGG